AUGAACCUUCGGGCACUACUGGCUCUCGUCAGUAUAUUCGGGAGCGCAGUGGCUAUACCCAUUCCGAGCUCCGACCAAACGAAUUCGUCGGCGCCCAGCAGCCAUGGAACCGUUGUUAACCACAGCAAACCGUACUAUCUACAAACAAAGUACGGGCUCAACGCAUCGGAGGAAUACAAAUAUUUCCAGGAGCCAGGGAAUGACGAGAUCCACGCUCAUUAUGACUCGCGCUUCUUCAAGGAGCCCGUACCGAAAGAGCAACGCUCGCAGACGUUGGCCCAUAUCGUCCAUUCGUAUUUCGAGUUCUUCAGCGAAAACAAUCUCGAGACCUGGAUUGCACACGGGACGCUGUUGGGGUGGUGGUGGAAUGGCAAGAUUAUGCCCUGGGACUGGGAUAUCGAUACCCAGGUCUCCGAAGCCACGCUACUUCGCCUCGCGGACGAUUUCAACGGAACCGAAAUCCACUAUAAUACCACCAAUCCAGAUGCACAGCACUCCUAUCUCUUAGACAUCAAUCCCUGGGCGCGGCAACGUGAUCGCGGAACGGGAGCAAACAUCAUCGAUGCCCGUUGGAUCGACAUGCAGACCGGUCUAUACAUUGAUAUCACAGGGCUCAGCCAGUUAAACAAAGAGAAACCGAAUGAAUGGGGUUGCAAGAAUAAUCACAAUUACCUUAUGAACGAUAUAUACCCGCUUCGUGCGACCUUCUUUGAAGGUGUCGUGGCCAAAGUCCCUUACCGGUAUGAGGCGGUCUUGAGGGAUGAAUAUCAAGAUAAAGCGUUGACGGAGGUACACUACAAUCACUAUACUUGGGAUCCGGAACUAGAGGAAUGGGUAUUCGAUGAACCUGUCGAAGGCGAGAAAGACGAGGAGAAAGGCGAGAAAGACGAAAAAGAAGGAGGAGAGACAAACGGAGAUGAAAACGGGGAGAAAGAUGAAAAGGAAGAGAAAGAAGAGGAGCAAAAUGAGGAAGAAAACGAUAAACAGUACGAGUAG